AUGGAGAAAGAAGCAUUAGUUCCCAAACUCACUUCUGUAUCACGGACGCCUACAAUAAAAAAGUAUGUUCUGUUGAUCCUCAAAAUAUUGGCCUUCUUGGUCAUUCUCUCUUUCACCAUUGCCGUGAUGGUCUAUUGCUUUAUCGCAGCGUAUGAAAAAGAUAAAGAAAGAGAAAAUUAUGUCCCAAAUAUUACAAUACCUUCUAUGGAUUUCACGGUUCUUAAUAUAACCGAGACUAGUCUUAGUUUAAAAUGGAAUUUAUUGAUAAGGAUCCCUAGAGAUCUUCCUGGUUGGUAUAUGUGUCACAGGGGAGAUUUUAAGUUUUUCAUACUAUACAAAGGUGUGACCAUCGCUACUUCAUCCAUAGAGAGUUACAAUCUUAUACCACGGUGGGCUCAGCUGAUUAGUGUUUCAUCGAUUGUUUCCGAGGAAGGUAUGGACAGUGUGAUUAUGAAAGAUAUUAUGGAGAGUAUUAAGGAGAUGGGUGAAAUACGGUUCGGAUCGCGGUUGCUUCUUCCGGAUUGCAGAUAUGGGACGAGUGCAAAGAUGAACUAUGCGUGUGAUGAAGCCAAGUUACGUUUCGAGUCUGGCUCUCUCAGGAAUGCAACUUUGUUUGGAAACCUCCCUAUCUGCCGCUACCUUCGCUAA